UUAUAAUGAAACGAGGCACGUUCUUAAAAUAGAAUGAUUAUUACAAUUUAAUGCUUGAUAUUAUUGAACGAUAAACGAGAUGCUUUAUUAAUAGAGUAAAUGGAACAAUUAGUAUUUGAUAUCGUUAUCUAUGCAGCAAACAGAACUGACAUUUCUAACUACAAUUGAUUCAAUUUUUAUUCAAAUUAUCUUAUUUACGCUACUUCCACAUAAAUCAGUCUUGAAAUUUCAAAAUUCAAUUACGUUUGAUGCUGAACAUUUGUUUUUAGUAAAAAUUCCAUAAUUUUGUAUACGGUAUUACAGUUAGAAAAAUAAAAUAAAAUUUGAGUCAUACAACAAGACUCGUUUAUCAUUGGCAACGCGCAACAAAUUUUUCGCCAGUCCAAAGGAUGCGAGCUUUAUCGUUCUCGGUUCGUAAACGAUGCAUCAAUUUCUUAACGAUACGUUGCAAUCAGCAACUUCUAUUCUCAGCGCUGACGCUCCACUGACUAUUAUCGAUGCGUGAAUAUCGCGGACGCGCCUCCUUUUCUUUUUUCUUUUUACGUUAUUCUGCGUUAACGCCGCGCAUCGACGAUCGGAGACGGUAGAGAAACACGAGGCGCCACUUAUACAUACAGUUAACAUCGUCGCCGUCGCUACUUUGAUUCCUCGUUCUCCUUUCUUUAUAUUCACCUAUAUGGAGAAUCCGUUCGAUGAGGAGCAGUUGUUUCUGAAUGACACCGAGACCCUUUACGCUUCUCAUUUCAACGAAAGCCGACCAACCAAGUUCAUCAUUCACGGAUUCAGUGACACCGGAAACGAAGCCUGGGUACGAGGUUUGAUAGAUGCGUAUCUACUUCACGAAGACGUGAACGUGAUAGUGGUUGGAUGGGGUGCUUUAGCAGCAGAAGUUUAUCCGCUGGCUGUUAACAAUACGCGACGCGUAGGCAAUUUUCUUGGAGAUUUUCUAGAGUUUCUAAGUCGUGAAUCGAGUCUUGAAUUCAAAGAUGUUCACAUCAGUGGUCACAGCUUAGGCUCGCACGUAGCAGGGUUUGCUGGAGCUUAUUUAGACGGCCGCAUAGGUAGAAUAACAGGUCUAGAUCCAGCUAGCCCAUUGCUCGAGACUGUUUUCGGUAUCGUCGAUCCGGAACGCAGACUAGACCCAACUGACGCGCAAUUCGUAGAUGUGAUUCACACAAGCGGGCCUGCAUUCGGAUUCCUUGCCCCGCUUGGCCAUGCUGAUUUCUACCCCAAUAGUGGAAAGUUCCCGCAACCAGGAUGUUCAUUUAUACCGACGACAAUUUAUUGCAGCCACUCGCGAGCGCAUCAAUAUAUGACGGAGAGUAUAGGUAGUACGGCUGGUUUCAAAGCAAGGAACUGUGAAAGUUGGGAGAAAUACGAAGAAGGACGUUGCGAUUACAACCCGGUCGUUCUGAUGGGAGAAUACGCGUCUACAUCAUUGCGAGGAAAAUUUUAUCUGGCAACGAACGACGCCUCUCCAUUUGCGAUACAAUAACCGACGAUGGAUACUGGCGUAUUGCGGUCGAUUCUACUUGUGACAUGAAAAUGAUCUGCACUAGUCAUUUACAAAAUCACCUUAUUUAUGCAGCGUGCACAGCUUUAUUCACAUCUUUUUGCUGUUUUUAUUAUUAUUAUUUUUUUAAUAAAUCGAACGGAAGGUGGAAACGUUGUGCAUGAAAAGUACAAAUUAUAUAUAUUAAUUAAAUAAUGGCACAUUCUGAUUAUUCCUUCUUCCGCUGUUCGUUUGUUUGUGCACUGAAAAAAGUGAAGGAAAUAAGUAUAAAUAUGGGUAAAUAUAUGUAUAUAUCGCAUAGUCAAACUUCAAUUGCAUACUUUAUUAUUAAUUGCGUUGAAUAUUAGAGGUGAACCAGAGACGUGUAAACAAUUGUAACUGUCAUGUUAAAAUAAUUCAAUGUGAUUACGAUUAAUAAAUGAAAAUGUACAAUA